AACGCGUUCAGGCGAUUCGUGUAACUGACGUCAUCAACCCGUGUGUCAUCUUGAACCAUAUUAUAACCGCGGCACAUAACACAGAAAUUUUGGUUAUUCGCUUGGAUUUGAUUUUGGUUCGCAUUUUCUGGCGCAUUUGCAGCCGUUUCUGAACAAGCAGCAUCCUAGAUCUAUAGGCGUAUUUUUUAAUUCACCGGUUGAGGUCACGUGCAACCAAUAAUUGGUUGCACCGGUGAAUUAAAGAAUACGCCUUAUAUGUAAGUGCAAGUGCUGAACGAUUCAAGAGAAAUAUCUGGUUGUGGGAUUGCGACUGGAUAUUCACAUUUCAUCAACCAUAGUUGCAUAGUUCUAUUGAGAUAUUGUAAGUAGAUCAGCUCACUAUUGAAAACUAUUUUGCCCACUUUGAAUCUUUUAUACCUACAGGGUGUAUAAAUUCGAGUCCCGUAUAUGUACUAUAAAAAAGUUAGCUUAUUUCCUUCAAGACUCAUCAGUCACGGGAUAGUGGUUUUAUAAAAGAAAAUAACUGAAAAUAUGAGCUAUCAGCCUUCAAAGAAGGUUUUACUAGUGGGACUUCUUGGAGGGAUAGCAGUGAUUCUCCACUUCAGCAAUCAUCUAAUUAAACCUAUGGUACAUGAAGAAAAGAAAAGGCCCGACAUCAAUGCAGAAAUUAGAAAAAGGACUGAAAAAGCAUUAUAAUAAAUAAUAUAUUCUAAAUUGUAUGUAAGUAAACCACUUCAAAACAUCCCUCUCCUACAAUUGUAUUCAACAUAAAAUAACGUUAAUAAAAAAUUAAUGUAAAAAUAACUUAUGACCUUGAACUUAAAAAUAUAUUGAAAAUGAAAAAAAGGCAUUUUGUUGAUCAUGUCACCAUGUGCAUAGCGUGGAACACAAAAUAAAUAUUUCCUCUCGAUGUUUUUUGUCUACGGUAUCUACUCUACAUGCUCUGUGGCUGUAUCUACCGAUGGCUGUUACCCCAUCAUAGAUCAUAUGCUAACAUGUCAAUGUCAAAUAAAGAUCAACAGAAAUGCUCAUAUGUUGAUAAAAGGUUUUCGAGCUGUUUUGCCGGUGCUAGGAGGAAGAAUAUUUACGAAUCAAAGCAGGUGUCAACAGUUUUCAGAGUGUAAGACCAUGGCUAAGAAAGCGUGUGUGUUUCUUGCCCCUGGGGCAGAGGAAAUGGAAUUUACCAUAACAGCUGAUAUUUUAGUCAGAGGAGGCAUCCAGGUCACUGUAGCAGGCCUGCCAGAUGACUCAGUGGUCGAAUGCAGUCGCGGUAUCAACAUCAAACCAACUGUUGCAAUUGCCAACGCGAAAAGUGGAGGACCCUAUGAUGUAUUGGUUCUGCCUGGAGGCCUUGGUGGAUCCAAGGCUCUGGCCAGUUCCAAGGAAGUAGGAGAAAUGCUCAAGGAGCAAGAACAGACUGGUAGACUGAUUGCAGCAAUAUGUGCCGCACCCACGGCACUCAAAGCGCACGGAAUUGCCGUUGGAAAGAAGGUAACGUCUUACCCAAGUAUGAAAGCACAGAUGGAGGAAGGUGGUCAGUACACCUACUUGGAAGAUAAAGUGGUGAUCGACGGCAAUAUUAUAACAAGCAGGGGACCAGGAACGGCUUUUGAGUUUGGCCUGGCGCUUGUGGAGAAGUUGGUUGGUAAAGAGAAGAAGAAUGAAGUUGCAAAAGGACUCCUAUUGAGCUGUUAAGAUUUAUUUACCGAUAAGAUUCAAUGUGCACUUAGAGUCAACAAUAAAAUUGAUUGCUGUUAUUUAAA